UGGGCCGAGAUGAGGGCCAAGAUGCGACUCAUGGGCUUCAAUGCGGAAGCCAUCAAGCCGCUGAACGAGGAUGCGGCCGCCGAGCUGGGCGCCGAGCUGCUGGGCGAGGCCACCGUCUUCGUCGUGGCCUGCAGCUGCCUGGUGCUGGAGUACUGGCGCCACCAGGCGCACCAGAGUCGCAAGGAGGGGGAGCAGCGCGCCGCCUGGGUCACGAUGCGGGACGAGGUGGACCACCUGGCGCUGGCGCUGGAGGCCCUGCAGGCGCAGGUGCAGGCGGCGCCGCCAGCAGGCGCCCUGGAGGAGCUGCAGGCGCAGAUGCGAGAGGUGCGCGCCCAGCUCUGCGCCCCGGACCCGCCGCCGCCCGCCCCCCAGACAGAGCCCACGCCUGAGGAGUAG